GUGUGGAAGGCCGACGCGGACUCUUCUAAUCGCGGGCUCCGGGCUCCAGCCCUGCCCUGCCCUGCCCAGGGGAGGAGCCCACACCACGGGCGGUCAUAAACCCGGCUGGCCCGGAGCUCCGGAUGUGCCGGAGCGCGGGGACUGUCGGCGGGGACCUUGCAGGCAGGCACCGUGCACGCCCUCGCCAUGGCUGCGCCGUCGCGGCUCCUGAUCCGCGGGGGGCGCGUGGUCAACGACGACUUCUCGCAGGUGGCCGACGUGCUGGUGGAGGACGGCGUGGUGCGGGCGCUCGGGCGCGACCUGCUGCCGCCCGGGGGCGCGCCCGCGGGGCUGCGGGUCCUGGACGCCGCGGGCAAGCUGGUCCUGCCAGGCGGCAUCGACACGCACACGCACAUGCAGUUCCCCUUCAUGGGCUCGCGGUCCGUCGACGACUUCCACCAGGGCACCAAGGCGGCUCUGGCAGGAGGUACCACCAUGAUCAUUGAUUUUGCCAUUCCUCAGAAAGGCGGCUCCCUCCUCAAGGCCUUUGAGACCUGGCGAGGCUGGGCGGAUCCCCAAGUCUGCUGCGACUACACCCUUCAUGUGGCAGUGACAUGGUGGAGUGACCAGGUUAAAGAAGAAAUGAAAAUCCUUGCCCAAGAUAAAGGUGUUAACUCUUUCAAGAUGUUUAUGGCCUAUAAAGAUCUGUACAUGGUGAGAGACACGGAGUUGUAUGCGGCCUUCUCUCGGUGCAAGGAAAUUGGAGCAAUCGCCCAGGUCCAUGCAGAGAAUGGAGACUUAAUCGCAGAGGGAGCAAAGAAGAUGCUGGCAUUGGGGAUAACAGGCCCUGAGGGCCACGAGCUGUGCCGCCCGGAAGCAGUGGAGGCGGAGGCCACGCUGCGGGCCAUCACCAUAGCCAGCGCUGUGAACUGCCCUCUCUACGUGGUGCACGUGAUGAGCAAGUCUGCAGCGAGGGUGAUCGCGGACGCUCGCAGAGAUGGGAAGGUGGUCUAUGGAGAACCCAUAGCAGCCAGUCUUGGCACAGACGGCACUCACUACUGGAAUAAAGAAUGGCAUCACGCAGCCCACUAUGUCAUGGGGCCGCCCCUGCGCCCGGACCCGUCAACACCCGACUUCCUCAUGAAUCUAUUGGCUAACGAUGAUCUAACCACAACAGGGACUGACCAUUGCACUUUCAACACCUGCCAGAAAGCUCUUGGGAAGGAUGAUUUUACUAAGAUUCCCAAUGGAGUGAAUGGUGUUGAAGACCGGAUGUCAGUAAUCUGGGAAAAAGGCGUGCAUAGUGGUAAAAUGGACGAAAACCGGUUUGUGGCAGUUACCAGCACAAAUGCAGCCAAAAUCUUUAAUCUCUAUCCACAAAAAGGAAGAAUAGCUGUAGGAUCAGAUGCUGACAUUGUGAUUUGGGACCCAAAAGCCACAAGGACCAUCUCAGCAAAAACUCAUCAUCAGGCUGUUAACUUCAACAUCUUCGAGGGCAUGGUGUGCCACGGGGUGCCCCUUGUGACUAUUUCAAGAGGCAAAGUUGUGUAUGAAGCUGGAGUUUUCAGUGUCACGGCAGGAGAUGGGAAGUUUAUCCCUCGAAAACCAUUUGCUGAAUAUAUUUACAAACGAAUCAAGCAGCGAGACCAGACCUGCACACCUGCCCUGGUGAAGCGUGCACCCUACAAGGGAGAAGUCAUCACAGUGGGAAGAGAAGACUCCACUGCUGGGACUCGGAAGCAGGCCUGCCCCUGAGCUGGGAGCUGUCGGUAGAAUCAGAGAAAAGGACGCUGCUGUCCCCUUCACAGACAAAUGUCGUCAACCCGUGGUGAAGCGGGCCUUAUUUCAACUCCCCGAGAUCCUUUAGAAAAAAAAUCACUUCUGUUGGCCUCUUUGAUUUUCUUUCAGAAGCAAUUGCCGUCUUUCUCACUGUGCCUUUGUUGCUGUGUAAGAUUGAAGAUAUAAAUUUAUAUCACUGGGAUGGAAAAUCUGUGUGAAAAUUCAUUGAUGAUCCUUGAAAAUGUCAUUUUUGGUUGUAUUAGAUUUCUUACUUUGAAUUUAAAAAAAAUCACUUUUUUUUGUUGUUGUUGCAGUUUUGGCUGGGGCUGGGUUUGAACCUGCCACCCUCGGUAUAUGGGACCGGCGGCCCUACUCCCUGAGCCACAGGUGCCACCCAAAAUCACUUCCUUGUUUAAAGGAUUUUUUGUUUAAAAAUAACUCUGUGAUUUUACUUUUAUCAUAAUUAAUAAACACUGAGAUCUUCAUUUUAUCUAA